AGCGCGUUAUUGAUUGCAGCAAGACAAGAAAAAGAGACGGUCACAGCUACGCCGACACGAAUGGCGUUUCUGCAAGACGAGGACGCGGCGCGCGCCUUCGAGGCGGCACUCUCGUUCGUUGAUGAGUAUGCUUUUCAGGACACAGAGCAUGCGUCGUCUUGCGCGUCGUCUCCCGCUCGGGCCGCCCAACACAGUUUCGCAUCGAGUGCGAUGGUGAGAGCAGAGCCCUCCGAAAUCAUGGGCCCACUGCCACCCGAAAUGGACGAAGAGAUGCAGCGCAGAGCGCGCGCCAACGCUAAGAAGCGACUGCUUCGCAAGGCCGGGCUGUACGAUGACCCGAAUCGAGCCAGGAAGGAGCGCAAGCUCGAGAUGACGUAUCUGCGUCGCAAGUUUGAGCAGCUACAGCUGGAACUCAGGACGCUGCAGGCUGAGAAGGGAAAGAAGCAAAGAAAACAGGUUAAUACAGAGGGAAACAGAGCAUUGGUAACUCGACGUGCAAAUCCAGAGGUGUCGAGUGCGUGGAAGGAGGUGGCUAGUCGACAGAGAGAGCAGCGGGACAAGUCCGAGAAGGAGAAUGUGCGACUGAGACUCAUAAUGGGACGUCAGCAGAAAUUGGCCGAAGCUUUGGAGACACUCGUGCAAGCGAGGAUUAAGCAGCAGAUGGCGGAGUUUUCGGCCCUGUCGAAUCCGACACUGGGUCGGUGUUUCACCGGUCGGAUGUUGGACUUCCGAGCCGAUAUUAAUGACUUUAAGGGGCUGUUAGUAGAGCUCGAGAAUGCUCGUCGUGAGGUGGAUACGGUGUUCGCUGCCAACAGGUUGAACACAACGGAAUCCAGUCAUCACGGCGUGCAGCUACGAUCGAGAAAGGGUGUGAAUGGGAUGCAUCUCGAGGUGUACGCGAACAAAGCACUACCUUUUAACGUACGAGACACUGCUGAGGCGACAUGGGAUCAUUUUAAGGGCAUGAAGAAGCACGGAGGCAACGGAAAUCUCUACGACAAGGCAGCAAAGAGUCUUGACACUCCGUACACGAUUAUUGAAGACUAUGCCAAGGAGUUGUUUGCGAACACGGCUCGUGCCGACGUGCGAGUUAAGCAGAUCAUACGGCGCUACGUGGGAGCUGACCGUGAGCUCGUAAUUCUAGUCGCAAACGUCUUGCCAGUUUCGAUCGCACACAAACCACUUGCUGGACUCACCUUUGACUAUCGAUGCUACGCACUCAUCAAGCGUGCUGCCGCUGCUACCGAGGAUCAUGAUUUGUCGCUCUUGCAGCUGUGCACUCUUGCGUCACUUCAAAACGAUGAGGGCCAUAUAUACGACCCCACGUACAUGCGUGCGCUCAGCAACUUCGUACUGGGCAACACAGCAGGCAAUAUCAAAGCUGAUCAGGAACUCAUCGAAAACACUCUGGUCGAACAAACACUCGAUCAACGCAACUGCCUUACUGUGGCUAGAUGAAUAAAACACUACGUAAAAAAA